AUGGUUGCGAUGUUCUUGCACGUUCUUGCCCAUGACGUGAAGAGUCGUGUAAUUCAACGAGAAUUUGUACGGUCGGAAGAGACAGUAUCGCGACAUUUCAACCUCAUCUUGUUGGUUGUGCUACGUCUCUACGACGAGUUGAUAAAGAAACUUGUGCCAAUAACAAACAACUGCACAGAUCAACGUUGGAAGUGUUUCAAGAAUUUUCUUGGGGCGUUGGACGGAACGUACAUCAAGUUCGAUCUCCCCGCAGUAGAUCGCCCUACGUUCAGAAUGCGUAAGGGAAAAAUUACGACUAAUGUACUCGGUAUUUGCAACAUGAAAAGGGAUUUCGUAUACGUCCUCGCUGGUUGGGAAGGAUCCGCAGCAGACUCGUGGAUUCUCCGGGAUGCCCUUGCACGACACAACAGACUGUUAUCCAAAUGCUGGAAAUUUUUUUGUCUCAUACAGAGUGAGAGUUACCACUUGCAAGAGUGGCGUGGGCCUGAAAAUGCCCCAACCACUGCAAAGGAAUACUUCAACAUGAAGCACUCUUUUACAAGGAAUGUGAUUGAGAGCGCCUUUGGUGUUCCGAAGGGUCAUUGGGCAAUACUUCGUGGGAAGUCGUACUAUCCCCUCCAAGUCUAG